AUGAAUGAGAAACAGGGGUCCCACAAAAAAUAUGAAGCAUUGGAACCAAUUGGACUGGUGUGUAGCUACACAAGGGACAGGGACCCUUCUUAUUUGGGUUUGACCAAGAUGAAGAUGGAGCACAAAAGUGCACAUGCAGUUGCAGUUGUUGCAGGCCAGCACCCCAAUUGGGGAGGGUGGGUGUACCCCACAGGCAUCAAGGGACCAUUCAAGUUUCAAUUCAACCAACAAUCAAAGGAGGUCAGACAGCUCAGAUUUGACGUCCACGUGAUAAUCAGCUGUUUAGAAGUUCUAGGUCAUUCUAACAGCUGCACCACCACCUUAGUUACCCUCAAAUCUCUUCCUCUAGAUCUGUAA